AUGAACGAACUCGCAUGAAGCAAGUAUGUGACUGAAUGAAAACGAUCAUAUUUCGUAGUUCACAUGCUCGUGAUAAAUGCUGCCAGACACCGACGGCAAGCUUGAGCCAUUUCAGUGCGAAUUCAAUUUGGUGACAACCGGCGUGCGAGCUGGUAGGAAUAGUAGGAAAGAAGUUCUGUUGGUGAAUGGAAGUGCCGUCAAGCAGAGAAGUGAAAAUAUUAUUAAAAUACGAAAAUUAGCAAGAAACAUAUGCAAGAUUUGUAAAUUUUCAAUAAAAUGGCAAGAGUGCAGUUUCUUUGGUGCAGUGUUUUGCUUUUAAGUCUCGCUGUGGCGCAAGAUUUCGAGCCUGAACCGUUAGAACCCGAAAUAGUAACAACGAGUGCACCUCAAACUACCACCGAGCUGCCCAUAACAACCACUGAGCUUACUACCGAUGCGCCAACAAUUAUUACCACGACAACAGAGAAUCCUGUGCCCGCUACAACAACUAUGACAACAGAGCAACCAACAACAACUGCCGAAACACUUACGACUACAACCACUCCUGCCACUACAACGACGACAACAGAGCAGCCAACAACAACAACACCAAGAGUGCCUACUACUAUUCUCACUACUACGACUACAGAGCAGCCAACAACAACAACAACAACACCAAGAGUGCCUACUACUAUUCUCACUACUACGACUACAGAGCAGCCAACAACAACUACAGAAAGACUUACUACUACUACUACUACUGCCACUACCACGACUACCGCACAACCAACAACCACAGCAAGUCCUACGACCACUACUACUACAACAACAACAGAGCAGCCAGCAUCAUCAACGACAACAACACCAAAAACAACCACUACCACUGCAUUACCGCAAACAACUACUAAGCGCUGGCCAGAUUUUCCCAUAUUUCCAACAACAACUAGUACCACUGCAAGACCAAUAACUACUGCAAGACCAAUAGCUCCUGCAAGACCAACAACUACAAUAAAACAUCCAGGUUAUCCACCAUAUCGCCCAGUAAAUCCAUGGAAACCAUAUGUGCCUCCAUAUCGACCACAAAAACCAAAUCCCCCUCAGGAUCCACCACAAAAUCGCUGCUACUAUAGAUCGCAUCGCGGAUCGCCAUAUUUACAGUGGAUGUGCGGCAAAUGGCAAUACCAAUACCCAGUGCGUUGCUACCGCUGCUGCCUCUACACCGAUGUCAGCUACGCCAGUUGCUACGAAGUGCAUCGCUCCCACUGCCCACUGCCCGGUCAGCAGAAUUACAAAACCUACAGCAAUUAUUGGUUGUAUUUCUAAUGGAGCUACAUAACUAAAUAUAUUUGAAGUAUGUGCAUGUAUGCAUUCAUAUGUAUGUAUAUUUGUAGUUGUAGUUGUAGUAAUGAUUGUAAAAUGAGAUGAAUAGUAGUGCGCAUUUUUUUACUAUUUUAUAUUUUUGUUGCGCAAUUUUCAUCAUUUAGUAUUGUUUGC